CUACUAUCAUUACUGUGACUGACUGACAGCCCACUACUAUAUCGAGUGAUCAAAUAAAAUAAAAUAAAAACACAAAGCGUUAACAUUCAGUUUUUUUAAAUCUUUUUUCUUCAGUUUGCUUUUAUUCUUUUUUCUUUUAUCAAUUCGAAACAAAAAUGAGCUCUUCAAAGGCAGAGCCCAAAACUCCCACUGGUGCCAGUGGCGAGCAACCGCAGAGAGCCGCAAGACAAGUCCCUGCCGAGCCCUACCCCUGGAAGCGCGUACUAAUCGGCAGCCUGGUAGUCAUCAUAUGCUGGUGUAUCGGAUUUUACCGCGAGUACAAAGAUGUCGCCGACCAGCACAUCAAGUACGCGCAAGACUGGACCUUCAACCAGCUCUGGACACACGCCAGCGGAUCAAAUGUUCAAAGACUGCAGCCUUACAGAACAUCCCUGUGGGAGCAAAUCCACGGUAGCGUACUUGAGAUUGGUCCCGGCUUUGGCGAAUCCAUGGAUCUGAUUCCUAACGGAAGAGUGCCUGGGUCCCGGGCGGUCUCGCGGUUCAUUGCUGUUGAGCCCAAUGCUUUCUUCCACAACAAACUCGCCCAUAACUCGCAGGCUGCUGGUUUCGCUGUCCGGUAUGAUCCGCACACGUGCCCGCAGGCCGAGGAAUUCAACGCUGCCGCUGGAAAUUCCAAGCUCCCGGUGCUCACUAUUGUCAAUGGCACAUUGGACAACAGCCUGUCUAUUCCCGAAGCCGUGCUCAAUAACGCUCCCUACGACUUUAUUGCCAGCUCAAUGGUGCUCUGCUCCGUCAACAGCAUCGAGGAUAACGUACAGACUAUUUUCAAUCUUUUAGCCCCCGGCGGUAAAUUCGUAUUCAUCGAGCAUGUGCGUCACACAGAUGAGGCCGACCAUAGCUGCCCCGGAUAUGAGCGUGGGUCGUUGGAUUUGAGAUUGUGGAAGAUGGUGCAGAGCGUAGUUACUCCGGUGUGGUCGCUGUUUACCGGGAAUUGUCAUUUGAAUCGCGACACCGCAAAGAUUAUUGAGGGUAUAGAGGGCUGGAAGAAGGUCGAGUAUAAGACUGUGAGGCAGAUGGAGGGCGUGUUGUCGAAGCUGACGCCUAUUGUGUGUGGAGUGGCAAUUAAAGAAUAAAAAUACUUAUUGGGUUUAGGGGGUGAGGGAAUGGCAGUGAAUAUUUAGACAUACAUAUGAAGCUGACCUUCUCUCUCUCUCUCUCUCUCUCUCUUUUAUUUUCAAUAAUUUAUUUAGAAUAUUC